AUGGCAUUUUAUUCUUGUCCAUACACCUAUAUUGAUAGUCGUAUAUGUGGAAAAAAAUGUUACCAGAAAGAAGAAUGCCAUAUUCAUUGGAAAAGGCAAACUCAUAUUUCUUGUAAUAUAUGUGGUAUACCAAUAGCUUCUUCUUAUGGAAUGUGUAUGAAACAUGCUGGAAAGUAUUACAGUAAAGCUAAUUAUUAUAAAAACAAACUUCAAGAUAAAAAACAUGAUCAAGCAUCCCAG